AUGGCGCUGCUGGGUGCGCUCGUCUGCUGCCUGCUGGCUGCCUGGCACUGCCGCCGCGGCCUCGGACUGCCUCUGGCUCCCGCUGGCGGCCCGAGUCCCAGUCCGGCGGUGGCAGGACAGUUUUGGCACGUGACUGACUUACACUUAGACCCUACUUACCACAUCACAGAUGACCACACAAAAGUGUGCGCUUCCUCGAAAGGUGCAAAUGCCUCCAAUCCUGGCCCUUUUGGAGAUGUUCUAUGUGAUUCUCCUUAUCACCUCAUUUUGUCAGCAUUUGAUUUUAUUAAAAAUUCAGGACAGGAAGCAUCUUUUAUGAUAUGGACAGGGGAUAGCCCACCUCAUGUUCCAGUGCGUGAACUCUCAACAGACACGGUCAUAAAUAUGAUUGCUAAUAUGACAACCACAGUCCAGAGUCUCUUUCCAAAUCUCCAGAUUUUCCCUGCACUGGGUAAUCAUGACUAUUGGCCACAGGAUCAACUGCCUGUAUUCACCAGCAAGGUGUACAAUGCAGUAGCAAGCCUCUGGAAGCCAUGGCUGCAUGAAGAAGCUAUUAGUACUCUAAGGAAAGGUGGCUUUUAUUCACAGAAAGUUUCAACUAAUAUGAACUUUAGGAUCAUCAGUCUCAACACAAACUUAUACUAUGGCCCAAAUAUCGUGACCCUAAAUAAGACUGACCCAGCAAAUCAGUUUGAAUGGCUAGAAAAUACACUGAACAUCUCUCAGCAAAAUAAGGAGAAGGUGUACAUCAUAGCUCAUGUUCCAGUGGGGUACCUGCCUUAUUCAAGGAGCAUCACGGCAAUGAGAGAAUACUAUAAUGAGAAAUUGAUAGAUAUUUUUAGAAAAUACAGUAACAUCAUUGCAGGACAAUUUUAUGGGCACACUCACAGAGAUAGUAUUAUGGUUCUUUCAGAUAAAAAAGGAAAUCCGAUAAAUUCUUUGUUUGUGGCUCCUGCUGUUACUCCAGUGAAGAGUGUUUUAGAAAAACAGACCAACAAUCCUGGUGUCAGACUAUUUCAAUAUGAUCCUCGUGAUUAUAAAUUACUGGAUAUGCUACAGUAUUACUUGAACCUGACAGAUGCUAAUCUAAAGGGAAAAUCUAAUUGGAAGCUGGAGUAUAACCUGACGCAGGCCUAUGACAUUGAAGAUUUGCAGCCAAAAAGUUUGUAUGAAUUAGCUAAACAAUUUGCAAUCUUAGACAGUAAACAGUUUAUAAAAUACUAUAAUUACUUCUUUGUGAGUUAUGACAGUAGGGUAAUUUGUGAUGAGAAAUGUAAGGCCUUUCAGAUUUGUGCAAUUAUGAAUCUUGAUGUUAUUUCUUAUACAGAUUGCCUCAAACAAUAUUAUAUAAAGCACAAUCCAUAGUAUUUCACAGUCUGUACUCUUAGAAAAUGUAUCAUUGCUCUGUUUCUGAGAUCAGUUUGUGGCAAUUGUUAUGCAAAACGUUGUUACUGAGUGGGCAGGAAGAAUUCCUGUCUUUGCUCUUUUAGGAUGCCCAAAAUGUAGAUAUUUUUCACAUCCUAAAUUUUUAUUAUGUCAAAUGUAUCUAAACUGCCCAUUACUAGAAUGAUGUUUGGAUGUAAAUACCCUAUCUUCCAGUUUAUAUAAUUACAUCUAAUUUAUACUCUUGUUGAAAUUGUCAUUUAUACAAUAAGACAAAUUACUUUUCCCUAA